CAUAAUGAUACAUUUGAAUGCAUGUGUAAAGUGAAUAUAUUUCUAUAAACGUUUUGUAGCGUGAUGAGUGGUGGCUAGCUAGGCUAGUGUUAGCUGUCAUUCCGUUUCCAUGUCCCUUCCUCUGACUAUGGAAGCUAGUAGCUAGCUAUUAGCCACAGUUACGAUCCAACGCUACCUUACUUUAGUCGAUGUUUACCAACAAAUAUCUAUCUGAUGGGUAGUUAUUUAGUUGUAUCUUGGCGUGUUAUUAUUUUGCCAUAAUGAGCGUUCAUACAUGUUGGUUAGACUACAGUCGCUAGAUCGUGAGUGUUUUUGUUCCCGGAUAACUGAAGAAAAUGACGCUUUUUCAUUUCGGAAAUUGUUUCGCUUUGGCGUAUUUCCCGUACUUCAUCACCUACAAAUGCAGUGGACUAUCGGAGUACAAUGCAUUUUGGAGAUGUGUACAAGCUGGGGCUACGUAUCUUUUUGUGCAGCUCUGUAAGAUGCUGUUUCUUGCCACGUUUUUCCCAACAUGGGAAGGUGGGGCUGGUGUGUAUGACUUUGUUGGGGAGUUUAUGAAGGCUACUGUGGACCUGGCGGACCUGCUGGGCCUCCAUCUGGUCAUGUCCAGGAAUGCUGGGAAGGGGGAAUACAAGAUAAUGGUGGCGGCCAUGGGCUGGGCCACGGCGGAGCUGGUCAUGUCAAGGUGCAUCCCGCUGUGGGUCGGGGCGCGGGGAAUCGAGUUCGACUGGAAGUACAUUCAGAUGAGCUUCGACUCCAACAUCAGCCUGGUGCACUACAUCGCCAUGGCAGCGGUGGUGUGGAUGUUCACGCGCUACGACCUGCCGAAGAGCUUCCGCCUGCCCGUGACGGUGCUGCUGGGGCUCUGCGUGUACAAGGCCUUUCUGAUGGAGUUGUUUGUUCACGUGUUCAUGCUGGGCAGCUGGACGUCCCUCCUGGUGAAAGCGGUGCUGACGGGAGCCAUUUCCCUCUGUUCCCUCUUCCUCUUCAUCACACUCGUGCACAGCAACUGAGAGGCCAGAGGAAAGGCCUCUGGGAUAUGUUGUACCAAAAAAAAAAAAAAAAAAAAGUUUUUUUUCUUUUUUUCUGGACACUUGAAACCUUGACCAAAUUAUGGUCGUUGGGCCAAAACGUGGUCAUUCAUGUUUGCAGAUCAUUUUUUUUAUUGUAUAAAUUUGUCAUAGUAAAGAGUCUUAUGCUGAU